ACCCCGACCGCAGUUGUGAUUGUUUUUAGUUUGUUAGCUGCCUGGAGUGUUAUUUUAGGAAAGCAGAAGCAACUUCAUUUGCACACUCCUUAGAGACCACACACCUUAACCGGACCCUUUGGCUCCGGUUUUUCAAAAGAAGUCAAGAUGAAGAACCACUUACUUGCCUGGGGACUCCUGGCCAUUUUUGUUAAGGGCGUUCUUGUGACAGCCCAAGAUGAAGAUGAAAGUAUUGUUCUUGUUGACAACAAAUGUAAGUGUGUCCGGGUAACUUCCAGAAUCAUCCGGAACAGCGACGAUCCCAACGAGGACAUUGUGGAAAGAAACAUCCGAAUCAUUGUUCCUCUGAACAGCAGGGAGAAUAUCACCGAUCCCACCUCACCCCUGAGAACCAGAUUUGUGUACCAUUUGUCUGACCUCUGUAAAAAAUGUGAUCCUACAGAAGUGGAGUUGGAAAACCAGAUAUUUACGGCCUCCCAGAGCAAUCUCUGCGAGGAAGACAGCGAGACAGACACCUGCUACACUUACGACAGGAACAAGUGCUACACGGCCGUGCUUCCGCUCACGUACGGCGGCGUGACCCGGAUGGUGCAGACGGCCUUGACCCCCGACUCCUGCUACCCCGACUGACGAGGGUCGGCCGGCCGCGGCUCGCUCGCUCUCUCUCGCUCUCCAUUUCAAUCCAGAAGUUAACAUGUUUACUACCAAUGAAUUUGAAUCCAGGAGUUUUGGGGGUGAUGUAAAACUGACUUUCUCCUCUAAACAAUUUAAAUAGUAACACUGUUAUCUUUAUUAGGCAACUACUUGUCAGCUGCGCAUGUUUGCAAACAAGGAUUACAAUCUGUCAGUUAUCACGGUUGCCCCACGGGUCUGCUCCCUAAAGAGCACGAUUUAUAGCAUCAAACAAACACACACACAAUGGAAGAAAAUAAAACUCAAAGAAAAGAAAUCAGGAGGCAUAAUUAAAUGUUACUCUUUUAUUUUGGAGAGCCAGAGCUUUUGCAUUUUCUGUACUUUUCUCUUUUAAAAAUGUUUCACUGUGUAGAGAAAAUAUAUAUGUAAGCAUAUUUCAAUUGUAUGUCUUCAUUGGAAAAAUAAUGAAAAUGGGUUUGGGAACUAUUUAUAAAAAUAAUUAAAAAUUAAAUCUAUAAUAUACAUGAAACCAAUUAGCUGAAUAAUUAAAUGAGUAACUGAAAAACAUUUUGACAUAACAGACUUGGAAGCAGAGGACACAGAUUUUCCUUUUUAUUGGUAAUCAGGGUAGGGUAAGAAAUUCCCAUUGGAAACCAUCUAUGUUGUAACCGAAUCUCAUGAAAUAUGUACCCUUCAAUAUAUAUUCUCCAGCACAGUUUGAACAAUUAAAUAGAUUCAUAAGCAUA